UCUAUAUCAAUAUUGAUCAUCAAUUAUUUUCAAAAGUAAUAAUGUAAUUCAAUAUUUUUUUUAAAAAAUGUUUAUUUAUAUGGUUUACUCUAUAAACACAACAUGUAUUCAUAUGAGAUUAUUCAGACGUAAAAUGACAGUUUUUUUUGUUUGGUAGCUGGUGAGGAAGUUAAGUAGAUGGGCCACUCCACGCCCAGAGAACUUUGUUAUGUCCAUGCAAAAUGGUUAGAGGAAAUAUUCAGGAACAAAAAGGGUUAGAGAAAAAAACACAUCCACGUUCUCUAUUUUCAUUUACCACCCCAAAUUCACCAAGUGUAUUAGUUUAUAAUAAACGUAUUUCACUUUAAUUGUUUACAUUAUUAGUUUAUUACUUUAUUACCGUCAUUUACAUAAUAUAAAAGAUUAUUGAAUUAACAAAAUUUUCAAAUAGUCAGAAUAAUUUGAAAGAAAAAAUAGAUUACAAGAUCCAUCAUAAAUGAUUUUACCCUUGUAUUGACCUGUCAUCCUGGUCUGUUUUUAACGGAUGUAAUGAGAAGUACAGUUCACAAAAGCAGUAUAGAACCCUCACGUGUCCUCUGUAGUUACCUAGAUUCUCGAACUCUCUUAUCUUAAAGACUUGAGGUGUUAAAAUAAAAGAGAAUUACAACUUUUAUUUAUUUUUAAUUAUAUAAUGAAGUCAUUAAAAGUCAAAUUUCCAUUUGAAGCACACUGAUCUUGACUCAUCGUCAUCUCUGAAACAACUUUUAGCAUGCAUCUUUUUAUCCUAAUUUAGGCAAUGAAACAAAUUUAAUGAGACUAAACAUUCGACAAUGUAAGAAUAUCGUUAAAGAGACAUUACUCAACCAAAUCUUAUAAUGCGUAAAGUGUUAUAUUAGGUGACAGUGAGUCCAAAGCAUAGUGACCAAACUUGUCUAGUUUUACUAAGACCAAACCGGGUUUAACCUUUUAAGAUUAGGACUAGGCACGGUAUUUAGCCCAUGUAAGACCAACCCGUAUUGAUUUGUUUUAUACAAAUAAAUAUUUUUUUAUUGCUUGUUUUUUUAUUAAUUUUUUGAGGAAUUCUGUUUUGGUUUUGUUUCAGAUAAAAUCACAGGUGGAUAAAUUUGGACUGGACCGGGUUAUACCAAUGUACCAUCAGGUAGUAAAGCCAAGUCGUUGUCAGGUAUGGUUGUACUCAUCUCUAAUGCCAAUUCUGCUCUAUCAGAGAGAAGCCAAUUCACACAUACAUUUUUCUUUAUAAAGAACAGUCUGUGUGUUAAUAAUUCUCAUCUCCUGUCCGGACAUAGACACAAAAGAUGGAAGCUGCAAGAAGAAGAGGCAGAGAGAGCAACAAAAGUCCAGAGAGGCUAAUAAGGUCUUUAAAUCUUCAGCAAGAUGAUGAAGAAGAGGAGGCCAAGACAAAGAGACCAAUCUUCAGAAGAGUCCAAGUCGUUUAUUAUCUCACUAGAAAUGGCCACCUCGAACACCCUCACUUCAUCGAAGUCAUUACUCCGGUUAACCAGCAUCUCCGGUUAAGAGAUGUGAUGAACAGGCUUACUGUUUUGAGAGGGAAGAACAUGCCAUCACUAUACGCUUGGUCAUGCAAAAGGAGCUAUAGAAAUGGAUUCGUGUGGAAUGAUUUAGCUGAAAACGAUGUGAUUUAUCCGUCGAACUGUGGUGAGUAUGUGUUGAAAGGGUCUGAGAUCUCCGAGAAUGUUGAAGAGACACAUGUGAAGAGAACACUGUCUGGUCCAAAUCAAGAAGCGCCAAAAAGUCGACUUCUCAGGUUAAAACCAAAACUUCAAAACAGAACGACGUCGUUCGACGACUCAGAGCUCUACGUCGGAGAAGAUGAAGAAGAAGAAGACGGAGAGUACGGACUUUCCGAAGAGAAAACCAGCUACACAUCCUCCACAACGCCGCAGUCUCGCUGCUCUCGUGGAAUCUACACGGAGACAAUCGAAUUCACCGAGAAAAAAUCUAACUUGGUCAAGACGGAGGAGAGCCUGCCGGUCCGGUCUGACUCGUCCGAGUUGACUCGUUCCGCCGAGCGGGUCGAGGACGGUGACCCGGUGUGUCCCGGAUCGGUUCGCGGGUCGAUUUGGCUCCAGAUGAUCUCGUGCGGGCACAUAGCCAAGCACUACGCUCCGAGUCUGAUGAACUCGAGACCAAAGGAAGAGAGUCUUCGAAAAGGUGUCAUGUGCAAGAACGUUGUGAAGAAGGCUGUCGUGGAAGACGAACGUGAGAUGAUAAGGUUCAUGUCGGAGAAUCCGAGGUUCGGGAAUCCUCAGGCGGAGGAGAAAGAGUAUUUCAGCGGCAGCAUCGUUGAGUCAGUGAGUCAUGAACGAGUCACGGCACAACCCACGUUGAGACGAUCCAACUCGUUCAACGAGGAAAGAUCAAAGGUUGUGGAUAUGGCUAAGGAGGUGAAGGAUCAAGAGGAAAAGGAAGAAAGAUCGAACGUGAAGGUGAGAUGUAUACCGAGGAGGAAGAGCUCAUCGUGCUUAAUGUCUUCAUCGAAGCAAACCAAGAAUUGAAAACUAUUUUAGCAUAAAGUAACGAAUGAUGAUUAGAAUAACACAGUAUUUAAUGCUACAGGUGGUAUGAGUAAUGAACUAGAUGUUGCUGUUUUUAUUAUCGGGAAUAUAUUUCCCCACUUUAUCAUUUCUAUUCUAUUUUAUCUUCUCGCGUUCUAAAGUUGAAUGUUCUGUAACCAUUAAAAACUAAUAAAAUUUUAACAAUUUAAAAA